GAUCCUUUGUGCGUUGCUGCACUACAUACGACACGAUGGGACGCCGAAUCUUGAGUGAUGCAACAACCGUCGUAACAGCAUUACUGUCUAGCUCAUGUUGCAUCAUACAACUUUUACUCAACAUUUUUUCAUACUCGUGUGCUGGCUUUGCAGUAUUUACGCCUUAUCGAUCCUACUUGACAUCAACAACACUAAUCUUUCUCUCACUGCUGUUUUUCAAAAGUGGUUGGAAGAGUCGGCGCGCCUGGACAACCACGAUGAUCUCACUUUUGCUCAUGGUGACGCCUGAAAUUGUUUCAUGGCUUAACAUUGGCAGCACGACUACGAUAGAAACAAGCUCGACGAUGGUGUUGCUGCAUUUGGACGGACUCGGUUGUCUUGCUUGUGCUAAUCGUAUAAAGAAUGCGUUGGCGGCAGUGGACUGGGUCGAAAGCGUGAGCGUAUUCUUCGACAACAGCUCGGCUAUCAUCCAGUGCAAUGAUUAUUACUACGACGGGAGCCACCAAGAACAGAGUACGAUAGCAGCAGCGUUAGUACAGGUAAUCAAGAGCGUUGAUCCAAAGUACGACGCUUCUUUGAUUGUUCCUGGUGCUGGUGCUCAGGGUCGAUGAGGUAGUUGGGCAAAUGAUCGAUGACAAAGCUUGGUACCCAGAGUAAAAAGGCAUUAAUAAAAUCAGGGGGUAAGCGCGCAGCUGAUAUCCCCUAACAGCAGCAGCUUUACCGUAUCUUUCAUGGUAGAAGGAUGUAUUCAUCAGGGAUACAUGGGUUAUCUAUUUGCUAGCACACAAUUGUAAAGAAGAACGGAAUCGGAGGCAUUUGGGACCAUGUCUGCGCUUUCUGAAUAACGCGAAAGGACAUACGUACGUUAGCUUUGUGUUCCCAGGAUACCGACAGAAAAGCAGAAUUACUGUUUUUGGUGCUUUUGUGCUUUGGAUCGUGCCGCGUUAUAUUAGUUUGUGAAACGUCGCAAAA